UAUAAGAAAUCGACGAUAAACUAUAAGAAUACUGUAGCAAAUACAGAGAAUAAUUACAAGAAGAAACCCAAAAAGAUUUUUUUUAACAAUAAGUAUAAAAUUCACCUUUAAGAUUUACAGAAAAGAAGAGAACUUUAAUAUUAUUAAAUAAAAGCGAGAAAAAAGAAAACUGUUUUUAAAAUUUAAUUGAUGACAAGUUUAAAUAAUAAUUAUAAAAUAAUAUAAAAAACGAAUGCUCAGUAGUAAAAAUGUUCGGAAAUGCUUUAAUAGCGACAGUAUUUUAAUCUCUAAUAAUAAAAACAGUUGAAAAAUUAUAUAAUAUAUAAAUUAAUACCGAUAAUGAUGCUUCAAUUUCAUCUAAGUUAAAUUAAAGUAUUUUUUAAAUUUAUAAAAAAAAAAAAUAGUGUUUUGAAAGCUUUUGAUAUUCAAUUAUUAAUUUUAUCUUCAUUUAAAACUUAAGCAGAGAAAAAUCAAUAUGUAUAAAGUUGUAUGGAAAAAACAAUAAAUAAUUUAAUAAACAAUUUUAGAGAAAGAUUAGAAUUAAAAGAAAGAAAAUAAUAUGAACAAGAAAAAAAAGAAAAUAGUAAAAGUCAUCAAAAAUAAAAAGAUGAUUAUUUUCCAUGGCUAAAAGUUAAAACAAAAUAUGAAAGUUUAAGAAAAAGAUUAAAUGCUAUUGUUAUUGAAAAACUUAAUGAUGUCAAUAAAAAAAAUAUUUUUAAUAAUUUAAUUUAUUUAAAAAAUAAAAUAUUUAGAAAAAAGACUUAGGCGACUCAUGUAAAGUUUUAAAUGAAAAAUGCUCCUUUAAAAUCAACAAAAGAUAUUUUUUAAAAUAUGAGUACUUAUGGUAAUCCUCGAACUUAAUAAUUUUUAUCCAGAUUAGGCUUAUCAAAUAACUAAAACGAUAAAGUGAAUGAUGGAAGAUUAUCUUAUUAAGUUAAAGAUUCGAAUGGAUUUUAGUAAAUUUAGAAAAAAUAACAAGAAUCAUAAUUUUUUCCUGAUAAUAAUAAAAAAUAAAAUGAAUAAAAUACAGGAGGAAAAGAGAAUUUUUGGGAUAAUAAAAAAGAAAAAUAAUUCAAAUAAUAUAGAUUAGAUAAAAAAUAAUUAUAUUAUAAUGAAGUUAAUUCUUCAUCAUGGAAUGAUGUUGGAUUUCUUCCAUUUGUUUAAAGAUAUAUUAUAAAUAUGAAAAAAUAAAUGCAAAGAGAUCAUCUUUUAAAUAAAUACGCUGAAGGAGAAAAUUUAACAAUAGAAGAACUAAAACUACUAGCAAAUACAAGUGAAUUACUAAAUUCUUGUAUUGAUAAAAAAUUUAUGUAAAAUGCAGUUGAUAUAAUUGACGAGGAUGUUAUAUCAAAUUUGGAAUUAGGUUUAGCCGAAGAUAUACUAAAGAAUUAUGAAGAAAUUUAAAUAUUAGUUAAAGAAAGCAGAUAAUAAUUUAUAGCUAAUUAAUUAAAAUAAAAUUAUAUAAAAUUUAAAUAAUAUGAUAUUGCAAAAGCAAAAUAAUAUGAAAAAAAUGAAUAUAUGAAAGUUCAUAUGAAGAAUUACAAAAUGUUGGCAUAAAUAUGUUAUAAAAUGGAAAAAGAAGGUAAAUUUAAAGAAUAAUUACCUGUAAAUAUAAAAGGAUUUGAUAAAUUAGUAAAUUUUAUUGAAGGUAAAAUAACAUAAGAAGAAUUAAUAAAAGACAUAAAAUAAAUUAAUUUUUAUGCCGAUGAAAUUGAAGAUAAAGAUUAAAUAGAAAAGCAUAAAUAAUUACAAAAAGUUAAAUAAUAAUAAAAUUUUAAUAAUUACAUUAAUAAUAUAUCUUAACCUAAAAAUUAAUCAUCUAGAAAUUUUAAAUAAGAUUAUAUAAGGCAUGUAUACCAUCCACCUUCAAAAAUUUUCAAAACUUAAGAAGAAAGAAAUUUUCAAGAACAUACAGCAGAAGAAUAAAUAAAAUACUCACAAUUAGAUACAGUUAAAAAUAAAGUAAAUAAAAAUCAAUAGGAAAAAUAUAAACUGAAUCUAAAAUCAAGUAAAGUGCUAAGAAAUAAUUCAAAUUUUAAAAGAUUUUACUCAGGAGGACCAUCUAAACAUGCAAAAGAAUAACAUUAAUAUAAAAUUAAUGAUUAUAAAGCAAAAAUAGAAUAAAUCAGAAACAUUAGUAAAUAAAAUAUAAAAAUUUAAGUUCUUUAAGACAAAAAAAACAUUGAAAUUAUUAGUUUAGACGAUAAUUAAAAGCCUAUAAAUUAAAUUUCUACUUAAACAAACAUUAAUUUUAAUACUUUAGAAACUCGUUAAAGUAUUAGAAAAGAUUCCAUAUAAUAAUUUAGGCCUAAAACUGCUUUAAAUAUUUGCAGUUCUAUUAAAGAAGAUUAAUAAUUUUAAUUUUUAAAUACUUUCUAAAAUCCUUAUAGUACUACUUUAACUACUUUUUGUCCUGAGUUAUCUUCCGAUUUAAGCCAUUAUUAAUUUAAGAGAACUGUUGAAUAAUUAAAUGAAAAACACAUAAAAAAACAAUUGAGAAAUGUUAAACUUAUUGAUGCUGCUAAAUAGAAUUUACUUUGGAAAGUUAAUACUGAUAGAUUUGUUUUUUGUAAAAGAGAUUUCUAUUUUGCGGUUGAUGAAAAUGGGUGGACGGCUUUACAUUGGGCUACCCAUCAUCAAAAUAUAGAUUUUAUUUAAUGGCUAAUUGAUUAAGGGUCUGAUCCUAAUUAGCCUGAUUAAAAAGGAGAUACACCAGUUCAUUUAGCUUUUAAAGGAAACAAAUUGGAAGUAAUUUAUAAAAAAAAAUUAGAUAUUUUUUUUUAGUUUUUUUUUUUAUUUAAAAGAUUAUUAAAAUUAUUAUUAAUGGAGGGGGAAAUUUAAAUAAUUUUAAUUAUAAAGGGUAGACUCCACUUGUUUUUGCUAGUUAAAAUAUGCUAAAUUUACUAAGUUUAUAGGAGGGUAGAAGAUUUAAAAAUGAAAAUUUUGUUGAUAAUAAUUGUUUAAUUAAAUUUUUAACUUAAUCUAAAAUAGAGUAAUAAAAAUAAUUAUCUUAUUCAUAGAAAUUAAUAAGAGGCAAGUCUGCUUUAUAAUAAAGUUCAUUAUCCAUUUAAUCUGGAAAUAAUAAUUGUUUUUCCAAAUAAUAAAGUUCUGUUCACGUUUGAUUAAAUUUUUUUUAUUUGA